AAGUAACCUCUGCAGGGGGGCGGCUGCCGCAUCGCCGGAUGCAGCUAACCUUCACUAAGUCAAACUGUCCCGUUACACAGGCUGAACUUUGACGAAGAGGAUGGACGAAGGCUCGGAGUUAUCCCUGACCAUCGCUCAGAUCGUGCAGCGGCUGAAGGGAAGCCAUUUACACUCUCAGAUAGAGAGGCAAGCCAAAGAGUGUUUACACCAACCUGACAUUAAACUGGAGUCUCUUAAAGAGGACGUGCGCAGCUUUCUCAAAACAUCAGGCUGGGAGAGACAGCUACAGAAUGCAGUGUACAGAGAGCUACAUGUCCAGCUGCCCCCGAGCCAUCCUGCGGCUCCUGCAGAGCAUCUCAAAGAGCCGCUGGCCUACAUGCGCAAGGCACAGGCCAGCUGGGAGAAGCGUGUCCUCAAAAGCCUGAACAGCAUGAGUACAGAACUCGGAGUGCCUCUGGCUCGAAUGAGGCCCGCAGCAGAGCAGAAAGAGCUCACCAACAAAUGGAACGAGAUGGGCACAGAUGAACCAGAUUUAACUCGCUUCAGGCCUGUGUACGCCCCUAAAGACUUUCUGGAGGUGUUAAUCGGCUUGAGGAAUCCGAAUCAUGAUAGCAGUGAGGACAUUGGCGUCAGGAGCCACUGGGGUCUCAUCCAGGUCCCCCUUAAUGUCAGGGACAUCCCACAGCUGAGACAGGCGUACUCAGAGCUGAACCUGACCACUGGGCAGUUAGGGAUUGAUGACCACGCACACAUUCAUCCAGACCUGUUUGAAAACGAGUACGUUCAGGUCGGGAAAAAAGUGCUCUUGGAACAGGACAGUGCAGCAGCGCAGCAGUACAGCAGACAGGGCUGCUCCACCGGACUGCGGGCGGACCUGUGGGCCCUCAUUCUUAACGCUACUAACCAGCCACAGGAUGUGAUGCAUUAUGAACAGCUCACUGCUGGAGUUAUACAACAUGACCUGCUGGUGGACAACCUCAUCUAUAAGGAUGUGAAGCUCACCGCCAGCAACGAUGACUACUACUUUGUGUUUGAAGAUUUCCUCUAUCAGGUGUUACUGUGUUUCUCUAGAGACACCGCCGUCUUGGAUCACUUCAAAUACAACAGUGCUACUCCUCCCAAAUCCGUCAUCCAGGGGAAGGGAGGAGAUGAGGAGUGUGCUGUUGUUUAUCCGCCCAACGGCGUGAUCCCUUUUCAUGGGUUUUCAAUGUAUGUGGCACCUUUGUGUUUCUUAUACAACGAGCCGUCCAAGCUGUACAGUGUAUUCAGGGAAAUGUACAUCCGCUACUUCUUCAGGUUACACUCCAUCUCCUCCUCUCCCUCGGGUAUUGUGUCUUUGUGCCUGCAGUUUGAGCGGCUGCUCCAGACCUACCUGCCUCAGCUCUUCUAUCAUCUUCGACAGAUCGGGGCACAGCCGUUGCGUAUCGCCUUUAAGUGGAUGGUGCGGGCCUUUUCUGGCUAUCUGUCUACUGAUCAGUUGCUUCUCCUCUGGGACCGAAUCCUGGGAUAUGAUUCACUGGAGAUAGUUGCAGUCCUAGCAGCCGCUGUGUUUGCCUUCCGCGCCGAGAACCUGAUGGAAGUGACAUCACUGGCCUCCGCCGAGGCUGUCCUCGCCGACCUUUCAACUCUGAAGGUCAUGCCGCUCAUCCAGAUCUUUCUAUUUGCCACCGCCAUCUGAGGAGCAUGGAACCCCCAAGGAUAUGAGUCGCGGUGCGUACUGUACAUACCACUCGGAGCAUAAAGAGACACUCCGAAAAUGCCACUUUGCAACGCCAUAACCACACUGUUAACCGUCCAUCAAGAAACGCCAGGCCGCAGUGUGGGACGUCAAGACAAAAACCUACACAUGAAUCACACACUUCAUCCUGCACUAGCUUAAGCAAAAAGCCAAGCCCCUCUUUAGCAUGUAUGCACCAUAAAUAGUGAAUCCCCGCUAUCAUGUGAUCAGAUAUUACACAGUAUAUAAGUAUAGCCUACAAACCAGUAAGGUUAAGCUAACCUCCCGAAGCCAUAUGCUCCACAGGAAAGACGAUCUGCACAGCAGUGCUGGGAUCAGCCGAGAGGCUCAUUAGGAGACAACUUGCAUGGAGCAGUGAUUGUGUUGCGGUAGCAGCGUGCAAAAGAGAACAACAGCAACAUCUCCGAGCUCGGCUAAUGAAGUGUUAAUUAGCUUUUGCAAUUUGCUGUGUAGCUCCUGCUUGUUGUAACACCGUAAGAUAAUGCUGUCACUGACGGAUGAGGAGACUGGAAGCAUGAGCCAGUGUGUGGAGAGGAACUGGAUUCAUAUGUCACUUAUAUGAUUAGAAGCUGCUGUGUAUGCACAUAAUGUGUUGUAUUUAUUAGGACACUGUAUAUUACUCUGUUAAGGGAGAGCUCGCCACACACACAAAAGUAUGUAUUGUUCUUCUUACUGUUGUGCUGUUUAUCAGUCUAGAUCGUUUUGGUGUGAGUUGCCGUAGAGAUGUCUGCUUUCUCUCGAAUGUAAAGAAAGUCGUUAGCACUAGGUUUGUGGUGAUCAGAGCUCCAAAAUAUAAAUGUGAGAAACUCAACAUCAGUGUCUCUUUACUGAAAUCAUGACCCGGUUACUCAAGAUAACCUUGUUGUGAGCAGUUUCACGUGGGACAGGGAUUCUCAACUUGCUUUGCCCUUUUGCUUUUGCAACAUGAGAAGAGACCACAGGCCAGUUAAUCAAUAAAUAUAAAUAAUGGUUAGCAUUGUCGCCUCACAGCAAGAGGGUUCCUGGUUUGAACCCAGGGGUGGGGGGGCCCUUCCGUAUGGAGUAUGCAUGUUCUCCCCAUGUUAGCCCAUGUGGGUUUUCUCUGGGUACUCCAGCUUCCUCCCACAGUCUAAAGACAUGCAGGUUUAUUGGUGACUCUAAGCCCCCCUGCAACCCUCAAGAGGAUAAGCGGUUACGGAAAUGAAUGAAUGAAUGAAUUUCUAGUAUAUUGGCUGUUUUCAUCCUUUUGACGUUUGCUGUCCCCACUCAUCGUUGCCAAGAGGUAAAUGCAGUCGAAACAGCCCUGCUCAGGUCAGGUGUAGCAGGGGUGUCUCUAGGAUUUGAGGACGUUAGGGGCCUCUGUUGGGGGGUCUCGGGGAUACUCCUCUGGCACAUUUCUUUUUAUAAGCAAGCUCUACUUUGAGGCUUUUUUACGCAUUUAAAGUGCAAAAGUGUAAAUCAAUUUAUUUUCAGCAGUCACCCAGCACCAUAUCACAUUUGGUAAGUUGAGUAUCACUAAUGUAGGAUCUAUUUUCUCUCUACUGAAAUGCAACCCCAAACUGUAUCACUGCGCAGAAGGAAGCGUGCAUCUACUGCUAGCUCACCUAGCACCGCUUAGCUAGCUAACGUUACAGCUCAGCCGAGGAGGACGGCGUUAAUGUCUUUAUCUCAUGCCGUCCUGAUCAUGAGCUUCUCUUCAAUGAGUAGAUGCACGCUUAAAACUGCUCUCAACAAGAGAAGUUUUCAUAGUUCUACAAACCCUGUUUUUGGUUGCUUCCGCACUACAAAAACUACGAAUGAUUGUAGACUUUAGACUGACGUUUUGAUGGACUUUUUAGCCUCUACUUCAGAGUGGGUACUCCCACAGCACGAGAGGAACCAUGAGUGACGAAAGUGUAUUUGAUUGGUAGAACAACAAAAAAGGGCAAAGCUGAAAGAGAAGACCAGGCUUUACUGAGCAUGUAUGUGACUACUCAUCGGGGCGAAAGUGACGUUACUACACCAACUGCCGGCCGACUUAAAAUACGUCACUUCAGUGUUCCCUCUGGUGUUAAAGGGAUAGUG